CAUUUCACACAAACUCAAGGUCGUAUCCAAAGGCAAAGCAAAGAUGCAAGAAUUGUAAGAACUGUAAGAAGAAAGAAAACCCUCUUUUGUCUUGCCAUUAAUUUUGUAGUUUUUUUUUUCUUCAUCGAAAUCCGGCAUGGCAAACCAGUUGGGGAACUUGGUCGAAUCAAUCAAGUCAAAGGUAAAAGCCCUGAAGAAGUCCAAGAAGCCAUACAUAAAGAUGGACAAGAGCUCAAGCGUUAAGGUAGAGAUCCGUAGCAGGAAGGCAAAAAAGCUCAUAGAAAAGACUUUGAAAGUCGCUGAUCGCCCUGGAGAGCGUAGCAUUUCAUGACCCUUUUUCUAUAAUCUUCUUCUUAAAACCAUCAACAAAGAAGUCUCUGUUUCUGUAUCUCUCCUUUUUUUUUUUUUUUUCAUUUUCUUGUAGAUACGUACUGUAAAGUACUGUUAUGUGUCUUUUUUGGACGUUACAAGAUAGUAGAACCGUCUCUGAUUGGCAAACAAGAAAAGAAAGCUUUGUUUUGUUUUCUGGGGUUUACGUUUACGUUUCUGUUUUCUCUUUUUCUUUGAUGAUGAUAUGACCUAAUCAGUUAAUAUUAAUGAUAUGAAUGGUGAAACCAUACCUUGUAUCUGAUAAA